AUGACGAUCGAUCCGGCCGCACCCGCUUCCGCCUCGGCCUCGGCGCUCCACAUCGAGACGCCGCUGGUGCACUCUUCGAUCCUCUCCAAGCGGACGGGGCACAAUGUCUACCUGAAGCUCGACAGCGCCCAGCCGUCCGGGUCGUUCAAGAUCCGGGGGAUCGGGCGCAUCUCGGCCCUCUCGCUCUCGCGGUACGGGCGCGAGGGAAUGCACCUCGUCUGUUCGUCUGGUGGCAAUGCCGGGCUGGCCACGGCGCACGCGGCGCGCACGCUCGGCGUACCGUGCACCAUUUUCGUGCCCACCUCUACCGAGGGCGCCAUCGUCGACACGCUGCGGCGCCAAUACGGUGCCGAGGUCGUGGUGGAAGGUGCCGUAUGGAACGAUGCGGAUACCGAGGCUAGACGGUUUGUCGAGGCGCAAGAGGGGAGGGUGUAUAUCCAUCCGUUUGACGGCGCGGAACUGGUGCGCGGUCAUGCCACCCUCGUGCGGGAGGUGUACGACCAGAUGCCGCGCGGCGAGGACGUCGAUGCCAUCAUCUGCGCAGUGGGCGGCGGCGGCCUAGUCGGAGGCAUCCUCCACGCCCUCUCCUCCUCCUCCUCCUCCCCCUCCUCCUCUGCCGCCAAGACGAGGGUGAUAACGACGCAAUGCUUCGAGACGGACUCGUUUACCCGCUCCCUCCUCUCUCGACCGGCACAACACGUCACCCUCGACGAGAUCAGGAGCAAGGCCACGUCAAUGGGCACACGCACGUGCUCCGCGUCGCACCUCGAUGCCGCGAGGCGGUACGGACACGUCACGCCGGUGCGCGUCGACGACGACCUGGCCGCCUCGGCCGUCUGGCAGUUUUACCGCGACCACGGCGUCCUCGUCGAGCUCAGCUGCGGCGCCGCCCUCGCGCCCGUCUACUUUCCGCAGCGCAUCCUCAGCACCGCCCUCGCCUACGGCGAGCAAGACGAGGUGGUGGUGCGAGGAGCGCCGCCACCGCGUCCCGCCCGCAAGAAUGUCGUCGUCGUCGUGUGCGGUGGGUCGAAGAUUGAUGCGGAGAUGGUCAAGAGGUACGAGGAGCAGACGGGCGACAUGGACGGACGCGGGAGGGCCGAUGUCGAUGGCGUGCCAGUCUAG